ACCAAGUUUCCAACAGGUAAUAUCCUUUCAGUAAACUGAUUUGGCUGUGGGAGAUAUGUAGCUGCUAUUGACUUGUGACCAAGUAUCUGAACCCGACCUUUUCUUGUUACAUGCCAUGCGAGGAAUGAAAUGAAGCGAGCUUUGAUGAUGUUUUGCAGCUGUAAAUUGUUUACUCAGGGCAAUGUCACCCUUCCCCGCAUAAUGAACUGACUCAGUGAGAUGAUUGGACCUGAUUGGCUGAUGCUUGGAGUACAUACCUGCAAUUGUUUCUGCCUUUAGCUUGCUGAUCCUGCAAUCGUAUCUAUGGAUCCUAGUUUUAGAUGUGCAAUCUCUUGUCAUGUUUUUUCCGUUGUCGUAAGAGGGUAACUAGUUAUUUAUCCUGAUAUGUAGGACUGAGAACUUAAGCUUGUUUUGCCUAUGUAUAUGUGAUGACAAUGGGAUGUUACCCGAAUUUUAGCAAAUCUUACCGAUGUUGGCAAGAAAUUCCGUUCAAGCUUCACAGUAUGUCGCUGAAAUGACAUCACGGCAUUUCUUCAGUUGCCAGCCAUAUCCUAGUUAAAUAAUUUGGCUGAGGGAAUUAUUAGUGCCAUAGCCUAUCUCUAUAUUCCUGCAUUAUCUAAGUUGAGAUUGUGACGUAUGCUAACAAGAUGAUUUCUAAAACACCAGUAGGGAGUACUAAACUACAUCACAAUUCUAACAUUUGCUCGGAGGUAGAAGUGGAAGUUCACAUUGAGAAUGAAUCCUCUCACGCCCUAAGACCAACAGUGUUUCGUCCUCUGACAGCAAGGAGGUCAGAAGCUCAAGAAUUGCUCGGACACCACACCACCCACUCUCAAAUCUCAAUGGAGCUACCACCAUGGGCGCCCUUCCUCGCCGUCGUGCUCGCCACCAUUCUCUUCUUGAAGGCCGUCUUCCGCCGCAAAGGCACGUGCAACCUCCCGCCUGGCCCCAAGCCAUGGCCGAUCAUCGGCAACCUCAACCUCAUAGGUGCACUCCCGCACCGCUCCAUCCACGCGCUCUCCAAGCAGUACGGCCCGCUCAUGCAGCUCCGUUUCGGGUCCUUCCCUGUCGUUGUUGGCUCCUCGGCCGAGAUGGCCAAGCUCUUCCUCAAGACCCACGACGUGGUGUUCACCGACCGGCCCAGGACCGCCGCCGGCAAGUACACCGGCUACGAUAACAGCACCAUCACAUGGUCCCCGUACAACGCGCACUGGCGCCAGGCGCGCAGGGUGUGCCUUGCGGAGCUCUUCAGCGCGAGGCGGCUCGAGUCGUACGCCUACAUCCGGCGCGAGGAGACGCGCGCCCUCCUGUGCGGCCUGCACGAGGCCUCCGGGCGCCUCGUGCUGCUCAAGGACCACCUGUCCACCCUGAGCCUGAACGUCAUCUCGCGCAUGGUGCUGGGCAGGAAGUACCUGGAGAAGCAGGCGGCGGGCGAGGACGGCUCGGCGACCAUGGCGCCGGAGGAGUUCAAGUGCAUGAUAGACGAGCUCUUCUUCCUCAACGGCGUGCUCAACAUCGGCGACUCCAUCCCAUGGCUCGACUGGAUGGACCUUCAGGGGUACGUCAGGAGGAUGAAGAAGCUGAGCAAGAAGUUCGAUCGAUUCCUAGAACAUGUCUUGGACGACCACAACGAGCGGCGGCGCCUCCAGGGCGAGAACUUCGUGUCACGGGACAUGGUUGACGUGCUGUUGGAGAUAGCCGGCGACCCAAAUCUUGAGGUCAAGCUCCACCGGAAUGGCGUCAAAGCUUUCAUUCAGGACCUCAUCGCCGGUGGCACGGAAACCACGGCGAUCACAGUGGAGUGGGCCAUGUCGCAGAUGCUCAAGAAACCCGAGGUGUUCUCCAAGGCCACAGAGGAGCUGGACCGUGUGGUGGGGCGAGAACGAUGGGUGACGGAGGACGACAUCCCCAGCCUUCCCUAUGUGGAGGCCAUCGUCAAAGAAACCAUGCGGCUGCACCCGGUGGCGCCCAUGCUGGCACCCCGUUUGUCCCGUGAGGACGCUUCCGUCGGUGGCUACAACAUCCCCGUUGGUACGCGCGUGCUCAUCAACGUGUGGUCCAUCGGCCGUGACCCGGCAGUGUGGGAUUCGCCGGAGGAGUUCGUACCGGAACGGUUCGUCGGCAGCAAGAUUGACAUCAAGGGGCAUGACUUCGAGCUGCUGCCAUUUGGGUCCGGGCGGCGGAUGUGCCCCGGAUACAGUCUGGGACUGAAGGUGAUCCAUGUGAGCCUCGCCAACCUGCUGCACGGCUUUGUGUGCAAGCUCCCCGAUGGCGUGACGACGGAUCAGCUGAGCAUGGAGGAGAUCUUCGGCCUGUCGACCCCGCGCAAGUUCCCGCUACAGGUCGUGAUGAAACCCAAGCUCCAGGGCCACCUCUACGCAAGGGGUCAUUAGGGUAUUGUUGUCCGCUUCUUGUGCUUCCCAAGUCUCGUAUUGCGUUCUUGUGUUGCGUAGAGUCAUGUGGAAAAAUAAUGGGAAGAUUCGAUGGAUGCUUGUCCA